AAUAUAUUCCUAAAAAGGAUUUUUGGGUGGGGGGAGAGAGCAGAUAGUAGAGAGUAGAGAUGGAGGUGCUGAAGGUGUGGGGAGUGUCGUCGCAGCCUUUCAAGCACCUCAUCCACUUCGCUUCUUCAACCUCCAGACGUCGACCCUCUUCCCGUUUGUUGCUCAGGUGCUGCACCACUACCACCACCACUGCCGUCGGCAGCGGCGGGAGGAGCCGGAGGUCCUCUUCCUCAUCUUCUUCUUCCACCUCCGACAGAGAAGCCGUCCGCGCCAUUCGUCUAAAGAAGGUUGAAGAAUUGAGGGGCAAGGGUUUUGAGCCCUAUGCAUACAAAUGGGAUAGGACUCAUUCUGCCAAUCAGCUGCAAGAUAUAUACAAGCAUCUGGGGAAUGGUGAAGAAUCAAACACCGAGAGUGAUUAUGUAUCGAUAGCGGGAAGAAUUGUGGCUCGUAGAGCGUUUGGGAAGCUUGCCUUUUUGACCUUAAGAGAUGAUUCAGGGACAAUUCAGCUUUACUGUGAGAAGGAAAGGCUUUUGAAUGAACAAUUUGAGCAAUUAAAGGCGCUUGUUGAUAUUGGUGAUAUACUGGGUGCAAGUGGUUCAAUGAAGCGGACAGAGAAAGGGGAGCUCUCUGUUUGUGUGGAUUCGUUUGCAAUUCUUACAAAAUCUCUACUCCCUUUACCAGAUAAAUAUCAUGGUUUAACCGAUGUUGAUAAACGCUACCGCCAGCGGUACGUAGAUAUGAUUGCAAAUCCUGAAGUAGGUGAUAUAUUCAGGAAAAGAGCAAAGAUUGUAUCAGAGAUUCGCAAGACAGUGGAAUCUUUUGGCUUUAUUGAAGUUGAGACUCCAGUUUUACAGGGAGCAGCUGGUGGAGCAGAAGCUAGGCCAUUCAUUACAUACCAUAAUUCACUUGCCCGGGAUCUUUUUUUGAGGAUUGCUACUGAGCUACACUUAAAGAGAAUGCUGGUUGGAGGGUUUGAAAGAGUAUAUGAGAUGGGCCGAAUUUUCAGAAAUGAGGGCAUUUCAACUCGUCAUAAUCCUGAAUUUACUACCAUAGAGAUGUAUGAAGCAUAUUCAGACUAUCAAAGCAUGAUGAACAUGGCUGAGGAAAUUAUUACUCGAUGUGCUCUUGCAGUUCAUGGGAAGCUUUCCAUUGAUUAUCAAGGAGUGGAGAUUUGUUUGGAGCGGCCUUGGAAGAGAGAAACUAUGCACAAUCUUGUAAAAGAAGCAACUGGGAUUGACUUCAAUGAGUUGGGUAGUGAUUUUAAAGUUGCUCAAGAAGUUGCAUUGAGGACGCUUAGAGCCGAGCAUGACAUUAAAGAAAUAUCUUCCAUUGAAGCAUGCCCAUCUGUUGGCCAUCUCCUUAAUGAGGUUUUUGAGAUUGUGGUAGAACCAAAGCUUUUACAACCAACAUUUGUUUUGGAUUAUCCAAUUGAAAUAUCUCCUUUGGCAAAACGACAUCGAAGGUGUGCAGGCUUGACUGAGAGAUUUGAACUAUUCAUCUGUGGUCGUGAAUUGGCCAAUGCAUUCUCUGAGUUGACUGAUCCUAUGGAUCAGAGAGGACGCUUGGAAGAGCAAGUGAAGCAGCAUAAUGAGAAGAGAGCAAUGAAUAUUUCAGAAGCACAAAUUGUAGAAGAGAGCAAGGAGAAAUGUGAUGAUGAUUCGUAUGAAGUGACACUCGAUGAAGACUUUCUAACAGCUUUGGAAUAUGGAAUGCCUCCAGCUUCAGGAAUGGGACUUGGAAUUGACCGGCUGGUGAUGCUUCUGACCAACUCUGCAAGUAUUCGAGAUGUUAUUGCUUUUCCAGUCCUCAAGGUUCAGCAGUAAUUCUGCAGCUAAAAGGUCUGCUGUUGUAGUUUUCUUCUAGAUUAUGAAACUGUUGAAGACAAAAGAGGAAUUUAGUGCCCUCAGAUUACAGCGCUUGUACCAUGGCUGGAUGGUGCUGCAAGUUUCUAUCAAUUACAUCAAUAUGAAGAGGAAAAGUUAGCUGCAACUGUGGGAUCUCAGUAGAGCUAUAUGAAAAGGAAAAUUUUUGCUGCAACUGUGAGGACUUCUUGCUGUUGUUUGGAUCAAAAGAAAGUUCUGAUUUGAUGAUGUUAUGUUGUAUUUUCUCCAUGCAUUUUUCGCCAAGGUCACCUCUUUCUGGUUUGUGGGUCGAAAGAAAGCCUGGCUCCUUUGAUGGUGUUGAGUUAUACUUCUUCAUACAAUUUUGGAAAUCUGUGAUGCAAAAAAGGAAAAAAAAAAGAAAAAAAAUAUAUUCCUUUAAUAAAUUUAUUUGUUUGAAGUAUAUGAGUCUAUGACAGGAAUAUUUACAUGCACUUCAUCAUGUGAAAUGUAUUCCAUAAAUAAAUUUAUUUCUUUGACAUU